AUGCUGCGUCGUACCACCGCUCGCUUUUACCAGAGCGUGACCGCUCCCAUCGGAAAGGGCUGCGUUGUGCCCAUGAAGUUCGACAGCCUGAAGCCUGCGUACGUGCCGAAGUCCUUCACCACUCAGUUUUUCGUUCUGGGCACGUGGUCGAUUAGUAACAUGAUCACUAACUUUGUGAUGGGGUUCCUCAUCAUCGCCGCCGCCAACGGUGGCUUGAGCGGUGCCUGGCCCCCGGAUCCACACUCUCUGCAUCCCUAA